AUGGCACAGCCCUUUGCUAAUUUCCUCCUCUCCUUUCCCAUCUUUCUCAUUCUUACCUUCACUUCUUCAGCAUUUCCACACCCUCUUUCAUCAUCUUUUGCUUCAACUGAGAUCAACUUCUGGUCUGCAAAUGUGCUCAAUAAAAUGCCAGAAGCCAUCUCAAAGAAGCUAUCCCCACUAACCAAACACGAAUCCGAGUACUAUGCAGAAACGAUAUCGAAAGAUAACUUCGAAGCCGAUCUCAAAUUCUGCUCACUUGCUAAAUUAGCCUGUUCCGCAGUCUUGGAUGAUAUAAAGGUAGUAAAGCAAUCAUACACGACGAGAAACGUUUACAUGGACAACAAAGCGAUCCCACUGGAAAAAGUCGAUCCGUUUUCUUUCUUUAGGCUAUCGAUUCUCAAAGAAGGAAACACAAUCCAUCUCUCGGAUUUGAAAGCAUCCCUUCCUUAUCGCGCGUUUCUUCCGCCUCAAAUUGCAUCAAAAAUUACUUUGACCUCAAAAGGCAUCGCAAAAAUAUUCCCCGAGUCUUCUAAAGAAGCUGUCGGCACUACCCUUUCUUACUGCAAUGCUGCAGCAAUAAAGGGAGAGCUCAAAGUCUGCCCAAAAUCACUUGAAGAGAUGAUCAACUUCUCCAAAUCUGCCUUAGGUAAGAACAAGUUGCUUGCAUUGACUUCAAAAAGCACGAGAGGCUCAGGCGAAGAGCUCAAGAUCGAAAAGAUUAAACAGUUUGAUGUUGAAAAGAUCGUUGCAUGCCAUGAGAUGUACUUGCCCUUUGCAACUUACUUCUGCCAUUCACUGCCCUCGUCGCGAAUAUAUUCUGUAGACUUUGUCGAGCCAAAGUCGGGAGCUCCGGUUAAUACUGUUCUUGCGAUGUGUCACAUGGAUACGUCGCCAUGGCCUGCAGAUCAUGUCGCGUUUCAGAUAUUGAAGUUCGGGCCUGGACAAGGCGAGGCGUGCCACUGGUCGAAUGAGAUUGAUCUUGCAUGGAUUGCUGGUGGAGAGAACAUGUGA